AUGCGAGAUGACUCCAGGCGACCGGACAGUUUCAAUAUAAUGAAGAACAAGCUGUGGUACUUCGAGUUCGGCACGACCGAGACCAUUUCUGCCACCUGCAAGAAACUGAACGAGUGCAUCGAAGUCGAGUGUGACGGGAUCAUCUUGGACCUCAGCAACACCUCCUUAGAGGGCAUCGCCGUGCUCAACAUUCCCAGCAUGCACGGUGGCUCCCACCUGUGGGGCGAGACGAAGAAGAGGAGGCACUACAACCGCAUGAGCAAGAAGCUUCCUGAGAGGAUGCCGUCCAGCACGGUCACAGACGCCAAGGAGCUCAAGUUCUGCAUGCAAGACUUCAGCGACCAGCUGCUGGAGGUGGUCGGCCUGGAGGGGGCGAUCGAGAUGGGACAGAUCUACACCGGACUGAAGAGCGCCGGACGCAGACUGGCUCAGUGUGCCAGCGUCACCAUCAGGACGUCCCGGCGGCUGCCCAUGCAGAUUGAUGGCGAGCCCUGGAUGCAGCCCCCCUGCACGAUCAGGAUCACACACAAGAACCAGGUCCCCAUUUUACUGGGCCCGCCGCAGAAGACGCCGUUCUUUUUCUUCAAGAAAUGCAACCGGAGCCGCGACUAGGACACAUGCAUGCACACGCCAAAAACACACACAUUUUACAAAGCAUAUAUGCACACACACACACACACACACACAAACAUCAGACGACUUGUUGGGAAUUAAAAUGACAGGAAGUGGAACGUUCCCAAAGUCUGGACGCCGACAGACAAUUCAUUCCCAAAGGAACUUGCAUCAACAGCCUCUGAAACGAAAAGACUUCUCACACGGCACCGACCUAUUCCUGUGUAACCGUCAUCCACACAUGGAUUCAAGCCUCUUGCAACAGUCCGACCCCCCCCCCCUGCCCAGAAAUUAGCCAUACACCAGUACUGCACUGCCUGUUGGACCCGACUCUGGCCUCUGGGAUCCCCUCACCCUCCCCUCACCACACGAGGGGAGCGACGGUGAGGAGGGUGGAGGGGUGAAAAGGAGCAGGUCGUACGAUGAGCUCCAGAAACACUACGAGGAGACAGAGAGGUUUAAUGAGAGCAGACGAGGCUGUUUACAAGGCCGGCGAGUAAAUAGAGUAAGAGCCGGCUCUCGGUUAAAAACACCUGUAUGAAUAAUGAAAGAGUGGUUUCUUGUAAGAGCGCUCGCACAGGGACCGACGACACGGUACAGCCGAGCGGAGGAGAGGAGAGGAGAGGAAAAGCCUCAUCCAUUAUUGACUCAUUCUGUUUGUGGGUUGAUGGCACUGGGGCGUAACAGAGGCCUGGAAACAUAUAGGGAUGGUUUAAGCCCCUUAGCGUCACUGGCCUACAAAAUAAAACACCCUUUAAACAACAUUUACAGACUCUGCAGAUGAUCUGGGUUCAGACUUCAGGCGGAGGAAGUGCCUGUCCAAGUUAUCGCUUCAUAAAUUGACCCGGGGUCGAGAUUGAAAGUAGGGACUGGAGCUCAUCUUCGAACUGAUUUGUCCUGCGAGGACGCAAACCGUCCAGAGCGAAUCAACAGGACGCUUCCAGUGGGUCAGGGAUUGAAAUAAAUCCCAUCAAGGGUACACGAGCAGGGCCCCCACGGUUUUUAUUUACCGCAGCACUGACAGGGGGAACUAAAUUUAUCUCUCUCCUCCAGUGAAACCCAACGCCUAAUUACCGUGUCAGACACCGAGUCACAAUGUCAAGUGUGCUGUCACAGUGUAAAUCCCAGAGCCUGCCCCUGCUGGAAGGUGGCGGGCGGCUUUAACGCCAUCGCCAUUUGUCCAUCUACCAAAUAAAGACGAGAUGUAACCGAGGAAACGGACCAAGCGAGGAGGAAUCGUGUUUUCAUCGCAGAAUGUGGAAGAUGUUGAUCGUUCAGACACUGUUGAGUUCAGUGUUUUAUAAAGAAUGUAUCCACAAACAUGGCAGAGUAUAUUAUUCAGUAUGUGCAGACAGAGUAUAUGUAUAUUUCUGGGAAGUAGAUGUAGCUCACGUAUUCUGUACACACAGUUGUGUUUUUUUAUAAUAAUAUCAUUAUUAUCAAUGUGGAUCUUUUAGAUUAGAGAAGUUCAGAUCCGUCAGAGACGCUCACGUCUGGAGACGGUUUUCCACUUUGUCCCGUUCACGUCAGAUUAGAUUUGAAUUAAUGAGGCUGUCGUCUUUUCCUCUGUUUGGUUUUUCAUUUUGUCGUAUUUAUAAAAAUACGACAAAAAUGAAUCAAUCAGGGUUUUUCUGCAAAAACCCCCCCAACAAAAAAACAGGACAUACAUUUUAUCUCUAGAACUUAAGUUGACUUUAUUUCAUUAAUCGCAAUAAUCCUGACGACAAGACUGAUCUCAGCAAAUCUACAUUUCGUGUGAGUCGGACGUUUGUGGAAAACUGUCGCCCUGCUCGGAUCGUAUUAAUGUUGCAGGGCAGAGUGAGACGGGGUGAGACGGGGUGAGACGGGGUGAGACGCUCUGACGGGACAAACUGAACCUCGCUGAUAUGCAGGGUCGGGCUUCGAUGCCUUUACACCCUGAUUCCCUUUAAAUCCCACUGAGUGGAUCCUCUCUCCCCCAGGCUCCAUGGAAACACACAGGACUUCUAGUUCAGGUUAGAUCCAGCGUGAAGCCAUUUCACACAAGUGGCAUUAAUUCAAAUCUACUGAAACACUGUGGGAACAUCCGAAAAUACAAGAUGCAGCAUCAUCAUCUUUUACUAGUGGAGCCUGGGCGUCCAGAGGCCUCAGUGGUGACAGAGUGCAUGUUUACAGUAACUCCACAUUUAUUGAAAGAAUGGUUUUAGACAGGUCUAUAAUACCGAGUGUAUAUAUUUGUUUAUAAUAUUUUAUCUGAAGUUAACUUACAUCACCGCAUGCCUGCUGAAACAAAAGGAGAGUGAACAAACAGAGAGUGUGGAUCUGAUUAUUCUCAAAACUAUUCUGAAACUUUAAAUUCCACGUAUCUGAUGUUUUUCCUUGUUGUGGUUUUCUUUAUUUUUAUUUUAUUUUGAAGGGGGGGGGGGGGUCAGCAUGUUUAAGAAAAUAGGCAGAAGAGAUUGUUAUAUUUAAAGAAGAAAGUAGAAUUACCACAUUUAUCCUCCGUUUGUGAUUUACUGUCGGAUCAAAGUGGGACGACACAAACACACACACACACACACAGUGAGUUUCCAAUUGUGUCAUGUCUCGUGUCCUUUAAAAUAAUCAAUGUCCUCGACAGAUGAAUGGAUCCACCCUGAGCUCGCAGUGACUCAACGACAGACUCACAACAGUUGUUUGUAGCAACAGUUUAGAUUUUCAUGCUUUAAAUUAUCGAAACGAAGAUGCAGCUGAUUCCGUCAACACUUUAAAAAAAAAAGGGUUGUCACUUUAGUGUCGUCAUGGAGACGGACUGAUGGGAUUUCCUGCCGCAGAGCUGAAGUUAGCAAACAAAGGGAGGUGAUAUCUGUUUCUGUGUCCGUCAGUGAUGAUGAAGUGACUGUGGCUGCUGCUCCGUCACAGCUCUCACGUUAAAUUAGAUUAUUCUCCUUAAUCAGCUGUUCACUGCAGUUUUUAACAAACAUCACAUCAACAGGAGGAUGUGACUCAUUCGCUUUUCACGUGGCGUUCAACCGAUAGCUACAACGUUUGUGUUGUUGGCUAGUUUACCUUUGACUUAUGAACAACGCAGCAGGAGAUUCUCCGCCCAGACGCGUUCACAACAACAACAAAUCUCCGGAGUGAGUCUUCGACGUGUAGAAAUGUCCUCAACACUCGGUUACUUGUGGAGAAUCCUGCGCAGGAUGUGCGGAGAGCUUUUACUCGGAGGCUGGCAGGAGAAAAUCCAGCCCCUCGGAGAAUCUCCUGAGCAUCUUGAGGGUUCGGUGCAGGUCUUAAAGCUGCGAGAGACAAUGUUGUUACUUAUUGAUGUCGGACAUGAACGUUAUAAUCUGUCCCCCACGUUCUCCUGUUGUUGCGAUUGAGUCGCACCCGGACGAUCUCCUGCUGCUUCUUCAUAUGUGAAACUCCAGAAAAUGUCCAGACCCGAUUUUCUGCACGUUUUCCAGAGUUCAUGUCUUAAAAAACGUCUGAAAUGUCCAACCUGUCUUUAAAUCUCACAUAUCACUGUAUAAUAGUUAAUAUCAGCAGCACGUUCAGAAAUCAAAAGGAAUAUUAAUCAGAGCCGUCUGCUUCCCCAAUGUGGCUCAGCCCCCCCCCCACCCUCCACCCUCUGUCCCACCUCUGAGGACGAGCCGCAGUGUGAUCCAGUCCUCGUCCUGGGACUGAUUAGUGCUACUGAGUGACAUCAGAGGCCCGGAUGCAGCGAGCCGUUGUUCCACAUGUACAUAAAAAUCAUCAAAGUGGAGAGAACAAAUAACGAGUCAUCACUCGGCCUCAGGGGAGGAAACCUGUACUGUGUGUAAACAAGAGGACAUGGAAUCAUUUAUGAAUCUGUGAUAUGAGUCCUCUGCCCCCCCCCCCACCCCCAGGGUGAGUGUGGUGGUGGUGGUGGUGGGGGGGGGGCUCUCAGCUGACAGAGGGUCAAGGGCAGAACGUCCCCCGUGUUGUCCAGGAUCUGAUUGGAUGGAGGAGGUUGAGGAAUCAAUAGUCCCGCCUCUGCUCCGUGUCUGUCUCUACGUUCCCUCACUGUCUGUUAGCAGAUGGACAUUUUACCAAAUAAACACAAG